AAAUAAACGAACCGAGAAUCGUUUGAAGUUAUAAUAUUUGGGAUUCGUAGAGUACGACGGAGACUUGGAUGGUGCUAAUGGAAUGCGAUGAAUCGGUUGAUAUGUACAUGAAAAGCGUGCGCCAUUGUUGUGACACCUGCCGGCACUACUUCCCAUCCCCCCUUCCCCCCCACUAUGCAUCAGGACUACGCAUGUUUGUUCGUGUUUCCACAUGCUUGUGUCUGUCGGUGCUGCCAUUAGCUCAAUCGUCGGAGGCGAGGAAGAAAGCGGUUCCUGAUAGUUUCUUCCCGUUGCUGAUGUCUCUUUCUAAAUGACAAUUUGAUACGAAACCCAUCCGGAAACUGAACUGAAACCGAAAGACAAGCAGUCCAGGCCUGAAGUAAAAUGUCAGCCAUUCUAGUACAAAAAUUAUCAGCAGAAACUCAAAUCAAUUCCCAGGCCCAGCAGCAACCAAGCCGGAAAACGGAGCAGUCACCUGAGGUGGAAGUGGGACAUCUGGCAACCAUAUCGCUGCUGCUGCAAUACGAUAUAGACAAUACGCUGAAUGCGUUCAAGGAGCACCGAAGAAUGACGAUGGACGGAAGGGGAAUGGGAAUGGGAACGGGAGGACCAGGAGCUCUGGCAGUUAACAAUAACCAAGACACGGACGUUAACCUGAAUAGGACUGCGGCUGGGGCUGCGGUCGGCCCAAUGGCCGAGCUAGAGCUGGAGGGAUUGGCCAAGGGGUGCCCCCCAGCGGGGGCCGGUCAGGGGUUCAUGCCGCCCACACCUCCGGCCACACCCAAUCUGCAGAACACGGCCCAGAAGCGCUGGAAGAUUCUGGCCAAGGUGCUGCGCAAGGACUCCGAGGAGACAGUGUCCUCCUCCAGCGACGAGUUCAGCGAGGAGCAGACGGCGUCGGUGCGGCGCUUCAAGAGCUUCGACCUGCUGCAGCAGGACAGCUUCGAGGACCACAUGAGCCUCAAGUGCCUGGGCAAGACGGAGAACUGGUACAAGUACCGCAUGCAGCUGGACAACGACGUCGAGUACUCGGUGAACAUCCACCACAUGGAGCGCCAGCUGACCGCCAGCGAUCUCAUGGGCUUCAACAACACGGGCAACAUCUGCGUGUGGCCCUCGGAGGAGGCUCUCACGGCCCUGGUGCUCUCCGAAGUGGCCGCGUAUCGCGGCAAGUGGAUCCUGGAGCUGGGCGGCGGCUUCACCUCCCUGGCCGGCCUCAUGCUGGCCAAGUACGCCAAGCCCUACGCCGUGCACCUGACCGACGGCAACGAGGUCUCGGUGGACAACGUCCGCAAGACGGCCUGCCUGAACGAACUGAGCUGCUACACCAAGUGCUCGGUCCUCAAGUGGCAGGAGCGCUCGGCCCGGGCGCAGGCGGAGCAGGAAAAGUUCGACUUCAUCCUGUGCGCCGACUGCCUGUUCUUCGACGAGGCCCGGUCGGCGCUGGUCGACACCAUCUGGUAUUACCUGGCGCCCCGGGGCGUGGCCCUGAUCAUGGCCCCGCGGCGCGGUCGCACCCUCAGCAUGUUCCAGGACGAGUGCAUGGCCCGGGGCUUCGCGGUGGAGCUGGCCACGCGCUACAACGAGACCAUCUGGCAGCGACACCUUCAGCUCAAGGCCGACUCCGCCCUGUACGACGAGGAUCUUCACUAUCCGCUGCUGCUCCGCCUGUGCAAGACGCACAGCUAGAGGGUCCCGAAGCCAGAUCCAGAGACGGGUUGGACGGGGAGUAGGUGCAAUUAAAUUUAGUCAAUGUUUUAGUUGAUAGCAAGCAAAUUCCAGUUUACACCUUAAACAAAACAAAAGAACGGGGCUGAACGGAUAGAAAUUCCUCCCACACUGAAACAAAAACCAAAAACCAAAAAUAUAGCAAAUCCAAUGCAUUAGGCUGGUCCCUGAAAUCGCCAAGAAAGAGCUCAACAUC